AUGCUGCUUCGAAGCUGGACAAGCAUCCUUGGCGGGUUUCUCCUGUACUAUGUUAACCUCAUAUAUACCCAUGAUGGGCACGACUAUUCUAAUCAUGAGAAGCGCUCCAUUGACCGUAGGAAAGAGCUUCUGAAGAAAUGGGACCAGGAGUGGAGUUUUUCUGGUGUUUCAACCUUCGCCCAUCUGAAGCAUGUAAAAUGCCUCCUAGAGCCGGAUGAGCACUAUGAUGUCGCUGUACUCGGAGUUCCUUUCGAUACUUCCGUCUCCUUCCGGCCGGGAGCCCGGUUCGGCCCGCGCGCCAUCCGUGCCGCAAAACGCCAGAUGUACGAGGCCUUUCUGGAGCUGGGCACCCGUGAGGCCCCAAACCCUAUUCCGGGCAUUUCGCACGGAAAGCCCAAGAUUGUCACACUGGGCGGUGAUCACAGCAUCACCCUACCGUUUACGGAAAACCGAUCACCGUGUUGCACUUCGAUGCGCACCCUGAUACCUGGAACCCCGUCCGGUACUCGGCGUAUUGGACAUCUGAUCAAUCCCGCUUCAACCACGGUAGCUUUUUUCCACACGGCCAGCCAUGAAGGUUCAUGGUAUGGGCUCUUCAACAGCAACUAUUACUUGGAAAAAGCAAAGAAUCGUGACAUGAAUAGUUGA